AUGGGUCCCCAGGCCCGCGGGCUGGGCCUCCUCUGCUUUCUGCUCGGGCUUCAGGGAUCUCUGGCUGCAGUCUUCAUCACCCAGGAGGAAGCCCACAGCGUCUUGCACAGGCAGAGGCGCGCCAACUCGUUCCUGGAGGAGCUGCGGCCGGCCUCGCUGGAGAGAGAGUGCAACGAGGAGCAGUGCUCGUUUGAGGAGGCGCGGGAGAUCUUCAGGAACGAGGACAGGACAAAGCAAUUCUGGAUUUCUUAUAAUGAUGGGGACCAGUGUGCCUCAAAUCCGUGCCAGAAUGGGGGUUCCUGUGAGGACCAGCUCCAGUCCUAUGUCUGCUUCUGCCUUGAUGACUUCGAGGGCCGGAACUGUGAGACCAAUAAGAAAGACCAGCUGAUGUGUGUAAAUGAGAAUGGUGGCUGUGAGCAGUACUGCAGUGACAACACGGAGGCUACACGCUCCUGCUGGUGCCAUGAGGGGUACAAGCUGCUGGCCGACGGGGUGUCCUGUGCGCCCACAGUUGAAUACCCGUGUGGAAGAAUACCUAUCCUGGAAAAAAGAAAUGCCAGCAACCCCCAAGGCCGAAUUGUGGGGGGCAGGGCGUGCCCCAAAGGGGAGUGUCCGUGGCAGGCCCUGCUGACUCUGAACGGGGCACUGCUAUGCGGGGGGACCCUGCUCGAUACCAGCUGGGUGGUCUCGGCUGCCCACUGCUUUGACAAGAUAAAGAGCUGGAAGAACAUGACAGUGGUGCUGGGCGAGCACAACCUCAGCGAGAAGGACGGAGACGAGCAGGAGCGGCAGGUGGCACAAGUCAUCAUCCCCGACCGCUAUGUCCAGGGCAUGACGGACCAUGACAUCGCCCUGCUCCGCCUGCAACGGCCCGUGGCCCUCACUGACCACGUAGUGCCCAUGUGUCUGCCCGAGAGGACAUUCUCCGAGAGGACGCUGGCCUACAUCCGCUUCUCGCGGGUCACCGGCUGGGGACAGCUGCUGGACCGGGGCGCCACGGCCCUGGAGCUCAUGUCCAUUGAGGUGCCCCGGCUGAUGACCCAGGACUGCGAGGAGCAGUCGGAGAAGGGGAGCGACUCCCCCCGUGUCACGGAGAACAUGUUCUGCGCUGGCUACCCAGACGGCAGCAAGGACGCCUGCAAGGGGGACAGUGGCGGCCCCCAUGCCACCCGCUAUCGGGGCACGUGGUACCUGACGGGCAUCGUCAGCUGGGGCAAGGGCUGUGCGGCUGCAGGCCACUUCGGGGUGUACACCCGGGUCUCCCAGUAUGUGGAGUGGCUGAGCAAGCUCAUGGACUCGGAGCUGCGCCCAGGCCCCCUCCUGCGAGCCCCCCUCCUCUAG